AGUGAAGUACCUCAUCCGUUACCUCCUAAACAUUCUGACUAACCUCACAGUAAAGGUCUCCACUUGUUACCUCAGAUAAAGACAUACGUUUUCCUCUCGGCUCUGAAAGAAGGUAUCAGCUCAAUGGAGACCAGUGAAUGACAAAGGCUGCUAUUUUUGAAGGUGGGCAGAGAUCAGGUGAUUGACAUGUGUGACCCCACCCUGAUCAGGAAGUGGAGGAUCAGGAGACUACAUGGCCUGCACCUGGGGUGACUGGUUGGCUUUCCUUCCCAUCACUCACUCUCUCGCCCUGCCACAUCCCUCGUCUCGAGACCACGCCCACGCCCACACCCACGCCCACGCCCACUCCCACUCAGCCGCCCCCAUGAUGGAACCCGCCAAGGUCCAGUCCGAAGGAGGACUCAAUGUCACCCUCACCAUCCGCCUACUCAUGCACGGCAAGGAGGUUGGAAGCAUCAUUGGAAAGAAAGGAGAAACGGUGAAGAAGAUGCGAGAGGAGAGCGGUGCACGCAUCAACAUCUCGGAGGGCAACUGUCCUGAAAGGAUCGUCACCAUCACCGGCCCCACGGAUGCCAUCUUCAAAGCCUUCGCCAUGAUCGCUUACAAGUUUGAAGAGGACAUUAUAAACUCCAUGAGCAACAGUCCAGCCACCAGUAAGCCCCCAGUCACCCUGCGCCUGGUGGUGCCUGCCAGCCAGUGUGGAUCCCUCAUCGGGAAAGGAGGCUCCAAAAUCAAGGAGAUGAGAGAGUCCACAGGUGCUCAGGUGCAGGUGGCAGGGGACAUGCUUCCCAACUCCACCGAGAGAGCUGUCACCAUCUCUGGCACCCCAGAGGCCAUCAUCCAGUGUGUCAAGCAGAUCUGUGUGGUCAUGCUGGAGUCUCCUCCUAAGGGGGCGACCAUCCCAUACCGCCCCAAACCGGCUGCCGCCCCGGUCAUCUUCACUGGGGGCCAGGUGAGGGCCAACGACCCCCUGGCUGCAGCCUCCUCCACCGCCAACCUGAGCCUGCUGCUGCAGCACCAGCCCCUGCCGCAGGCUUACACCAUUCAGGGACAAUAUGCCAUCCCGCACCCAGAUCAGUUGACCAAGCUUCACCAGUUGGCAAUGCAGCAAACCCCCUUUACCUCCCUCGGACAGACCACUCCCGCUUUCCCUGCAGCAGGUGUGGAUGCCGGUCCCCAGGCCAGUACUCAUGAGCUCACCAUUCCCAAUGAUCUAAUAGGCUGCAUAAUCGGCCGCCAGGGCACCAAAAUCAACGAGAUUCGUCAGAUGUCUGGGGCUCAGAUCAAAAUUGCUAAUGCCAUGGAGGGGUCGUCCGAACGCCAGAUCACCAUCACCGGCACCCCUGCCAACAUCAGCCUGGCGCAGUACCUCAUCAACGCCAGGUUCAGGGAUGUGGCGGCGAUGUGGACUGACCCCUCCUCCAUGACGACCUCCUGAAGCCCCAGACGACCAACUCUCUCUCAAUCUCUCUCU